CCCAAUAGACAUUGUCAUUCGUUGUCACAUAUAUCGUUUGUUGUGUUUUUUCAGUGAGGAAAAGAGAAACACAGAGAGAACGAGUUGUCAGGGACGACCUGCAGAACACGUACAAGGAAAUCAAAUGGCAACUCCUAGUCGGGUGGGCUUUAUAAUUUGGUGCUUGAUCGUUGUAGUUGCCCUACUGAAGACCGCUACUGCAGAAACCCACUCUGUUGGCGAUGAGUUGGAAUGGACCAUUCCUCCACUUGGCUCCAUUGCGUACGAGACCUGGGCUCGUGAAAAGGUUUUCGAAGUUGGUGACAACAUAGUGUUCAACUGGAAUGGGACGCACGAUGUUGCUGAAGUGACAAAAGAAAACUAUGACAGCUGCAAUGACACUGGCACCAUCGAUCUGAGACAAACAAGCCCAGCAAAUUUCACUCUCUCGUCCAACACCACUCGCUACUUCAUCUGCACAAUCAGUAACCACUGCGAACUCGGCCAGAAGGUGACUAUCAGAAUUGGAGAUCAAUGGAGUUCUGCUUCAUCUCUGGCUGUUGGAGCGUUGUCUGCUGUCAUCUCCACCAUAGCCAUCUCUUUCUUCACAUUUUUCUGAAGAUCAUUCCGUGCUUAUAAUUCAUAUUAUUACAGUGUUUUUUUUUUAAUAUUUCCAUUUAUUUAUCUUUGUUAAGCCAUUAUAUUAAUUUUCGAUCUUGCAUGUAGUAGAUUGGUGCACGUACCAAUCAUGUAGCGUAUACCGGAGGGAAUUACAUGAAUAAUGGAACUGGUCACAGACUCACUGGUCAUUACAUGAAUUUUUCUAGUAACUCUCCCAAAGUCUGCCAACAGGAAAAGACCGCAGAAAGAAUUAGGGAGAAGCUCCUCCACCCACUCUUCAAACUUAAGCUCUUCUCCCCCCACCCCA